AUGGCGGAUGCAGCCGUCGAGAACCCAGCCCACACUGUCCCGCCGCACAAGAAGCAGCUCCCGUCAUCGAUACCAAACUUCGACACACUAGAAGGCUUCUCGACAGAAGGCAACGAUGACUACUCCACCUUCAAAAAGCUACAGCGGCAAUUAGAGUACAUCCACCUCCAGGAGGAGUACAUCAAGGACGAGCAGCGAAGUCUGAAGCGCGAGUUGGUCAGAGCCCAGGAAGAGAUCAAGCGGAUUCAGAGUGUACCGCUCGUGAUAGGGCAGUUCAUGGAGGCCAUUGACCAGAACACGGGAAUCGUACAGUCAUCCACUGGCUCAAACUACGUUGUCCGUAUUCUUUCGACUCUCGAUCGCGAACUCCUCAAGCCAUCCUCGUCCGUUGCUCUGCACCGACACUCUAAUGCCCUCGUCGACAUCUUGCCGCCCGAGGCUGAUUCCUCCAUUGCCAUGCUUGGCCAGGACGAGAAGCCUGACGUGACGUACGCCGACGUCGGUGGUCUAGACAUGCAGAAGCAGGAGAUUCGCGAGGCCGUCGAACUGCCCCUCACACACUUUGACCUGUACAAGCAGAUUGGCAUCGACCCGCCCCGCGGUGUCUUGCUGUAUGGUCCUCCUGGUACGGGAAAGACCAUGUUGGUCAAGGCGGUGGCAAACAGCACGACAGCUUCCUUUAUUCGUGUCGUAGGCUCCGAGUUUGUGCAAAAGUAUCUCGGUGAGGGCCCGCGCAUGGUGCGCGAUGUUUUCCGGAUGGCACGCGAAAACUCACCCUCGAUCAUCUUCAUUGACGAAAUCGACGCCAUUGCCACGAAGCGUUUUGACGCGCAAACAGGAGCCGACCGAGAAGUCCAGCGUAUCCUCCUCGAGCUGCUCAACCAGAUGGACGGAUUCGACCAGACGUCCAACGUCAAGGUCAUCAUGGCCACCAACCGUGCCGACACGCUGGACCCGGCGCUGCUCCGACCGGGCCGUCUCGACCGGAAGAUUGAGUUUCCCUCGCUCCGGGACCGCCGCGAGCGUCGUCUGAUCUUCUCGACGAUUGCAGGCAAGAUGAGCCUGUCGCCCGAGGUGGAUCUCGACAGCCUGAUUGUGCGCAACGACCCGCUUUCGGGUGCGAUUAUCGCGGCAAUCAUGCAGGAGGCGGGCCUGCGGGCCGUGCGCAAGAAUAGGUACAACAUCAUCCAAAGCGAUCUCGAGGAGGCGUAUACGAGCCAGGUCAAGGGUGCGGCAGAGGCAGACAAGUUUGACUUUUACAAGUAG